AUGGACUGCAGCAUGGACCAGGGCGGUCGUUAUGCGACCCCAGCUCCGGCUGAGGCAGCGAGUGGCGCGGCGGUCGGCAGCACGGCGGGGCUUGCCCCGACGGCUGUCACAAACCGCCGCCCACCUACGACCGAUCGGUCCAGACGGACGGGCGUUGCCCAGAGAGGCAGGCGCGCACUUUCGGCGGAUGGGGGCAUGCCCCUGCACGCCUUUGCCCGCGCGCUUGAUGUUGGUGGCCCGACGGCCGUAACCUCGGCCUCACGCGUGCCACAGCCGACGGCCUUGGCACCCGAGGCCUCCACUUCGGCGGAGACAGCGCCUCAUGGGGACCCAGCCCACACGCCGGAGGCGGAAAGGCAGCUCGCCUUCCUGAUGGGCCUCAUCCCAGGCGCUAAACCAUCUCCGGAUACCAUGAAAGAGACGCAGCACUCGCGUAAGCGGCCAGCUGACGCGAGCGCGGAAACACACAGCAAGAGGUCCGCCACUAGCACGCCUAGUAGCGCGCCCACGCUCCGCACCCAGCGGAAGGCGUCGCGGAAGGGAUCCAGGACCCUUCACCCGACCGUGGACGACGAGGGUUUCAUGCAGCCCUCCCGCAAGCACACAGCCAGGGCUGUGGUGCUUGCGCAACAGUCGGCGGUGCACACCGGCAACCGGUUCGCUGGCCUCUCCAAUGAUGCCAGUGAGCCCAUGGACAGCCAGCAGCAGCAACAGCAGAAGUCGCCCCCUCCACCUCCCGUGGUCAUCAAGUGGACCGGCGACUUCCGCGAAUUUCGUGAAAAAGUAAAAGCUGUCGUUAAAGGGAACGUGACGUUCAGAGUCGCAGGGCGUGAUCUGAACCGUGUCAUCACCAAGACGGCAGAAGAUUACCGCGGGGUCAUGGACCUCGCAGAGAGAGAAGGGCUACACAGCUUCACCUACUCCUCGGAGCCGGUGAAGACGCUCAAAGUCGUGUUCCGCAAGCUCCCAUCAGCUGAGCAGCGUCCUGCCGCCCCCACUGACGUCCAGGGGCGUGGCAGUCAACCGGAGCCUGCGCAGGCGGCGGUAGCCGUGCGCGGGCGCGGACCGCCGAGAGAGCGCCAGCCUGAGCCUCCGCCAGCGGCGGUAGCCGUGCGCGGGCGCGGACCGCCGAGAGAGCACCAGCCAGAGCCUGCGCCAGCGGCGGUAGCCGUGCGCGGGCGCGGACCGCCGAGAGAGCACCCAGCGCCAGCCAGGGUCGGCCGCCGGCGCGGACGGCGGAGGGAGCGCCCUGGCCGUGAGCCAGCGGUCGUUCGAGCGCAGGAGCCAGCAUCCUCUCCCAGCACUGACUUUACAUCCGCAGCGAGCGUCGCGGACGAAGUCAGGGCCUUGAGAGAGGAUUUCAAGCUGCUCCUGCAACAACUCCCGCAGAUGAUUGCAUCUGCAGCCUUCAACGGCCGAAAUCACGCCACUACAAAGGAGACUGCGCCCCAGGCAAAGAAGCGACGCCGCAGGAGAAGGCGACGACAGCGUCCUGCAGCCGCGGCGAGCCGCGGAGGGACCGUGGAACCAGCGAGAGGAGGCAGCGCCGCGGGAACAACGGCGGCGCCCGGAGGUGAUUCGACGGCGGCCACCGCUCACGUGCGGCCGCCUCCCCCCGCCGCCUGUGGCAAGGGCGGAGGAGGGAGGCGGCGGCGCGACGCAGCGAGUGGGAAGACGGCGACGACAGCCGGUCCUGACAUCGAGUCGGCCCUCCAGGAGGCGGAAGCUCGGUUCCGCAUGGUUCUCCAUGCGGAGAUGGAGGCCGCCUGCCUCACUCUACGUGAAUCCCUUAGCCGCAACACCAACAAGAAGGAAGCGCAGCACCAAGACGACAGGAUGGCAGCAACAGCAGCACAGCCCAGUCGCGACCAGGCCACACAAACGGCCUGGCCUAAGAAGAUGACAAUUAGUCGAGCCGCACAGGCCUCGUUAGAAGGCAAGGAAGAAGCGGUUGAACGACAGGACUCAAGCGUCCAAACCAAGGAGUUCGUCAACCACCGGGCGGAACUGGUGGACAGCGAACGCCUGGACGACGCCAGCCCAAGAGACGUUUACCAGAUGAGCUUCCUGCAAAGCAGGGAGCUCAGAAGAAGAAAGGAGGAAGCCCUGAACGAGCAGUCCAGAAGACAGAGAGAGGAGCAAGAGGCGGAGCGUGACAGGAAACGCGAAGCCGCCACUGCCCGCCGUGAACGCCAGCGUCAACACUGGCAACACGGAAAAUAA